UGGCUGGGAUCAUGACCUGAGCCCAAGGCAGGUGCUUAAUGACAGAGCCACCCAGGAGCCACAAAACCCAAGCUCUUGGGACCUCUCUGAGGUCCCACCUAUUCAGUACUCUGCCUCCUGGCCCUCUUGUCCCUUGCCUCCAACCACACCAGCCUCCACAUUCCCUAAUCGUGCCCAACUUGCUCUCACCUUGGGCCCUUUGCCCGUGCUGUGUCCUCCACCCGGGAUGUCCCUCCCCUAGCUCUCCUGUGAUUCUCCUUCUCCUCCUAUGGAACUCAGCCCAUCUACCCCUUCUUUGAUUCCUGCCUAGCCAUUUCACACCCCCAAAUUAUUUGAGUUGUGUGUGUCCCCAGGCCCAGAUAAGGUCCCACUACCAAGUUAGGUGUUCAGAGGCACCCAGCAGGUUCGGUCAGCAGAGCACAUGACUCUGCAUUACGCAGCUGUAAGUUCGAGUCCCACGUUGAGCGUAGAGAUUACUUAAAAGAAAAAUCUUUAAAAAAAGACAAAAAGUGAGGUGUUCAACAAAUACCUUGAGACACAUGUAGGGGACGAAUUUGGGGCCCCCUCUCUGCUCAGAGCUCUAAUUUUCCGUUCAGGACAGGCAGGUAGUAGGAAGCAACAGCCAUGACUGUCAGCGCUGAUCUAGGCCCUGCCCCCCAUGUUGGGUCAGCCUUCUAGAACCCCCUUCCCCCAGGAGCUGAUAGGGAUUGGCUGGAACUUGGCUGUGAGUCACAAAGCCAUUGUGGCACCAGGGCCCCAAGGCUGGCCAUUCGGGCUGGUGGGUUCAGCUUCAGGGGCAGAGUCAGCCAAGGGCAGUGUUGCUGCAUGUUGCAUAGGAUGAAGGGCUGAAUGAAGGCUGCAUCCUCUUGCAAGCUGGCCUCUGAGAUUGUACCUUCUCCUCCUGCUCCUCCUCCAACUCUAUGGCCCUCCAAGAGCUGACUCGCCCAGAAACCAAGACAAUGCAGGAAGCAGCACAGCUACCGUCGUCAACCGAUGGGCAGAACGUCUACCAGCCCCAGUCUGUCUCCAGUCUCCAAGACAAAGCAGGGACACUGAGUCCGCAGCUUCAGCAUGAGCCAGUUGAGUCCAGGGAGACCUUUCUGCAACAGCAUGACAAGGAUGUGACAGUACCUCGUCACAUCCCACGUCUGCGGGCUGUGGUUGAGAGCCAGGCCUUCAAGAAUGUGCUGGUGGAUGAGAUGGACAUGAUGCUGUCCCGGGCGGCCACCCUCAUCCAAGCCAACUGGAGGGGCUACCGGCUCCGGCAGAAGCUGAUCUCCCAGAUGAAGGCAGCAAAGGCCAUCCAGGAGGCCUGGCGACGCUUCAACACCAGGCGACUCCUCCGUUCUGGCAAGACCGUGGAAAAGAAAGUGAGUGUGGAUGAGGGCGACAUCCCUUACCACGCCCCCCAGCAGGUGCGGUUCCAGCCUCCAGGAGAGGUCAAGCCUCCCGUGGCCCAGCCGGUCAUGGUGAGCAAGGAGACCCAGUUCCCUUCCUCCGACAACCUGGACACCUGCACCCACCAGCUGGCCCUGCUCCAGGCCCAGGGUGGUCCCCAGCCUGGCAUGCAGGCACCUGGCUCCACUGGGGGACCCAGCGUCACCUUCCUGCCCCACCAGACCAUUGCCAUCAGACUGCCAUGUCCGGUGAAUCUAGACGCAAAGUGCCACCCGUGCCUGAUGACGAGAACUGUCAGAAAUGCUUGCCUUGUCCAUGUAGAAGGGGACAUGGUGAAGACCAAGCAAGUAACCACCAGAGCCAACAAGGCAGGAGCCCCGGGGCCGCCCCCAUGUGGGAGGUAUGCCCAGGCAGUUCACGGGUCCCUCAAGACCCAGACCCAGGGCCACGUGGAGACAGAGGUCCUCAAAGCCCCACCCCAGACAGGCCCAGCCCUUGUGAUAAAUAAGACCGCGCCCCAGAUGUAUCCGGUGACCACGAUGACCAAGACCCCGCCCCAGCCAUGCGCAGCAGCGCCCAUGGUGACAAUAGCCAAGACCCCACCCCAGGUAUACCCAGCGGCCCGGAUGACCAAAACCUCAACCCAGAUGAACCCAGCGGCUGCCGUGACCAAGACCCCACCCCAGCCGUAUCCUGCUGUUGCGAUGCCCAAAAGCCCACUCCAGUCGUGCCUGGCGGCCAUGAUGAGCAAGACCCUGCCGCCGCCGUGUUCUGCGCCCACAGUAACGAUAACCAAGGCCUCACCCCAUACUUACCCGGUGGCCCCAAUGGCCAAGAGCCCACCCCAGACGUGCCCGGUGGCUCCGAUAGCCAAGGCUUCACCCCAGACAUCCCAGCCAGCCACCAUGAUCAAGACCCCACUUCAGUCUGGCCUGGGGGGCAUGGCGAACAAGACCCCAACCCAGCCAUGCCCAGUAGCCCCGAUGUCCAAGACCCCCACCCAGAUGCGACCCACAGCCUCAAUGACCAAUGCUUCACCCCAGACACGACCAGCAGCCAUGAUGGCCAAGAUCUCACCACAUAUAUGCCUUUUGGCCUCUAUGAUCAAGCCCCAAACCCAGACACGGCCCAUGGCCACCAUGGGUAAGGCUCCACCCCAGACGUGCCCAGUGCCCACCAUGGCCAAGACUCUGGCCCAGAUGCGCCCGGCAGCCCCGAUGACCAAGACCCCACUGCAGACAUGUCCAGCCGCUGCCAUGGCCAAGACUCCAUCUCAGAUGCUCCCGGGGACCUCCGUGACCAAGACCCCUCCCCAGACGCGUCUGGCAGCCAUGGUCACCAAAACCCCAGCCCAAUUUCGCUCCAUGGCCGCCAUCCUCAAGACCCUGUGCCUGCCACCUUCAGCAGCUGGAAAUCUGAAGUCUUCUCCUCCGGCAACUGUGGCAUCUGGGAUUCCCAACGCCUCAUCCCGCACGUGUCUGAACGGACCAAAGGCCAAGGCUAUGGUGAACGCCAAGCAGACCACCGGGAUGGUUCGGGUCUCUUCUCACUCCUACCUGGCUGAGGGAAAGGUCAAAUACUUUAACGCACCACAUCUGGGUGCUGGGACCCCCAAGGCUCCAGCCAGGCCUCCUUUGGAAGCUGAAAGAAUGAAGGCCUUUUCCCAGAAGCAGGUGAAAAUGGAAACAGUGUCCAGUUCCAGUGUGGCCAUCGAAAUGUCCCGGGCAUCCCCCUGGGUGAAAAUGGCCGAGGACAGGAACAAGUCCCUGUUACAGACAUGCCCGAGGGCAGAUGUUGUGAAGGUUCAGUCCCAGGUGUACGUGCCCAUGGAAACGGCCGUGGUCCUGCCCCGGGCACAGCUGGCCCCAUGUCCGACCAAGGUCCCACCCCAGACACAUCUGGAGACCUGUCUGGCCAAAGGGCUGCCCCAGGAGCAGCUGGCCACCUGUACGACCACAGCCUCGUCCCAGGAGCAGCUGCUGGCCGAACUGACAGCAGCUCUGCCCCAGGCACACCCGGGCACGUGUCUGUCCAAGACCCUGUCCCAGGCCCAUCCGCCCACCAAGCUGACCCCAACUCAGGCUCAGGCGCACCCGGGCACGUGUCUGUCCAAGGCCCUGUCCCAGGCCCAUCCGCCCGCCAAGCUAACCAAGACCCCGUCCUUUGCACAUCUGGGCACGUGUCUGACCAAGGUGCAGUCCCGGGCGCAUCUGGCCAGCAGAGUGAUAAAGGUCCAGUCCAAAGCACAUCUGUCCACCGAGCUGACCAAGGCGCAGUCCCAGGCCCAGCUGGUCACAGAAACAGCCAAGUGCCUCUACACAGCCCAGCACUCGGCUGAGCUCAGCGGCAAGACCCAGUCGCAGCCACUCCUGGCCGGGUUCAAGGUCUCCACUCAGCCCUGCAAGCAUACUGGUGCCCUUGGCAAUCUGCCCCGAGCCAAGCCAGAGGACAGACUGACCCAGAUCCAGCCCCACAGCUAUGUGCAGGGCAAAGGCACCCAGGGCCCAAGCCAAGGGCCCUGCGAGACCAAGAGCAUGCUGGUGCCUCUGGCGGCCUCUGCUGGACACCCCACCUGUAACGUUGAAUCCUGGGGUGACAGUGGGGCCACCCGGGCCCAGUCACCGAUGCCUGGCCCAGCCACACCCUGUCCAGAAGAGCUGGCUGCCUCCCAGCUCGCCUCCCUGUGCGCCGAGCUGGCCGCUGAGCUGGGAUCCCAGGAGGACCUCCGCGCCCUAUUGACCAAAGCCCUCUCCCAGGGGCAAGUGAGGGCAGCCCUGAACCAGGCCCUGUCCAAGAAAGCCCUGGGCUCCACGAUGGCCAAGGCCCUGCCCCAGGGCAAGCUGGGAACGGCGCUGAUGAAAGUGCUCUCCUGGGGCGAGCUGGGCCUUGCGUUGUCCCGCACCCUCUCCCCUGGUGAGCUGCGGGCAGAACUCACCAAGGCCAAGCAGGGUAAGCUGGCGGAUGUGCUCAGCAAGGCCCUGACAGAGGAGGAGUGGGCCGCUCUGAGCCAGGCCCUGUGUCAGGGGGAGCUGGGUGCUGUCCUCAGCCAGUCUUUGUCUCAGGCAGCCCUGAGGACUGGCGUCGUCCUCCCCAAGGCCACCUCGAAAACAGCAGGAAGCAGGAUGUCUGUGAUUCCGGCCCCCGUGGAGGUGGACUGCAGGGGGAACCCAGCGGCCGCAUGGGGGUCUGCCGUAGGCCCCGUGAGACCACAGCCCAGCAAGGUCAGGGUUCCCCAGGACGGGGCCUGGGAGGGCUUCUUCACAGGCUGGCCUGCCGGCUUCUUGGAAGAGAUGGGGGAUGGGGCCAUGCUCGGGGGGUCACCCUGCUCGCCGGUGGUCUCUGUGGGUGCCUCCUUGGCCAGUAGAGUGAUCUCUGCCAUUCAUCAGCAUCCCCUGAUCGCUGCCCUGGACCCCAGCAGGGGCGGCGGCUCAGACCUACAUCUGAACCCUGCGGUCAGUGAGGAAAACGUGCGCCUGCCCCCAGGGGCCAGUGAAUUAGCAUCAGAUCUCAACCCCGUGGAGAGUGACACGGGCCCCAGCUUACCUAAGCCACCCCACCUGCAGCCGCCCUCCAGUCUGUGGCAGCCGCUUAUUGCCAAUGGUGUGGGCCCAAGCACCAGCCAGCAGUCGGUGGUGGCUGGGGGCACAGCCCCGAGCUCCCAUAGUCCACAUGCGGUCAGCAGGGUGGCCCCGCGUCCGUGGGUGUCGUCAGGGGAGGGCCGGGCGGCCUCGGGUGUGCGCGUCGGGGCGGCGGGUAGGGGGAGCACUGCACACUCCCACCAGUGCGCCGCUGCCUAUGGGGGAUCUGUUUGUUGGUGUCAGUACCCUGGGGUCAACAAGGUGCCCUCCAGCAUGUACCGAGCUUCAACCAAAGCUCGACGACAGCCAUCUGUGCUCCAAGAGGAGACCAUGCAGAAAACUCAGUCCCCAAAUCACAAACGGGCCUCCGUAGACACUAGGGAGAGGAUCAACAAGGCCACCCCAGGUGCACUGAGGGGUGCCAGUGGGAGCAAAGUGUCCCUAAGCCAACCCCAGACUCCCAAGACCGGUGACACAACCCUGGGUCUCUUGCCUAAUUCCAUGGCUCCUGGUCAUCGCUGGGCACUCAAGACUCAGGCGGAGGCCGGCAUGUUCCCAGCCUCCCCAGGGAGCAGGUCGGCACGCACCCUUUCCCGCACAGCCAUCCCCAGGCAGGAGAGGACUCGAACCCUGGGUACCAAUGCCGGGGUGCGCUGUGCUCCGGAGCAAGGGACUGGCCAUAUACUCAAUGAAGUGGCCAGUUUGGCCCAGAGUCCCGACAAUGACAUGGCUGGAAGCCUCUCCCAGGGCUCCACAGACUAUGGCCCAAAUGUGAGUAAUUCCCAGAGCUCGUUGCCUAGCGGCAGCUCACCCAGCCCCUCCACUAUGUCUGUGGCCAGUCUGACGGCCGGGGACCUGGUGGAGGAGGAGUCCUGGGAGGCCAGCUUCGACACCGUCCUCUCUGGCGAGGCUGUGGGGAGUCCCCAGCGGCCUAGAGGCAGGGAAAAAACCAAGAGAGGAGGCCGGGGACAUAGGUCUCCAAACCCCUACCCCCAGCCCUCUGCAGGCUCAGAGCUGAUACCCAUUCUGCACCAUAGUUCAGUGUCUGGCCGCAUGACCUUGAGUGUCCACUGGGGCUCAGAUGACCAGGAGGAGAGGGAUGAGUCCUCAGGCCAAAGCUCCAUGGGUCUGACCGAAACAUUGCCCCAGAAAUCCUACAGGAUGGGACUGACCAAAAGUUUGUCCUUGGAUAAUGUGGUCCCCACCAUGUAUCAGCAGCCAUCUGCGGCCUCCAGGCUGACCUCAAGCCUAUCCCAGCCACUGGUAGUCAGUAAGGUGGCCCCAAACCCAGGCCAGCCAUCUGUGGUCAGUAAGGUCACCACCAGCCCAUCUGAAUUAUCGAUGGCUAGUAAGGUCAUCCCCAGCCUAACUGAGCCAUCUGUGUGUAAUACAGUGAAUCUCGGCCUGGACCAGAAAUCCUGGACUAGUCAGAUGAACCCCAGCCUCGCCCAGCCAUAUAUGACCGGUGGGGUAGCCACAAACCUAGUCCAGCCAUCUGUGACCGGUGAGGUAGCUCCCAGCCUAGCCCAGCCAUCAGGGACCCAUGGGUUAGCCCCCAACCUAGCCCAGACAUCUAUGACCAAUGCUUUAGCCCCCAGCCUAACCCAGCCACCUGUGACUGGUAGGGUAGCUCCCAGUCUAGCCCAGGCCUCUGUGACCAGUGGGGUGGCUCCCAGCCUAGCAUGGGGAUCUGUGACUGGUGGGGUGGCCCCCAGCCUAGCCCAGGCAUCUAUGACUGAUGGGGUGGCCCCUAGCCUAGCCCGGCCAUCUGUGACCAGUGGGGUAGCCUCCAGCCUAGCCCAGGCAUCUCUGACUGGUGUGGUGGCCCCCAGCCUAGCACGAGCAUCGGUGACCAGUGGGGUGGCCCCCAGUCUAGCACGGGCAUCUGUGACAGGUGGGGUAGCCCCCAGCCUAGUCCAGGCAUCCAUGACCAGUGGGGUGGCCCCUAGCCUAGCCAGGCCAUCUGUGACAGGUGGAGUGGCCCCCAGCCUAGCCCAGGCAUCCAUGACCAGUGGGGUGGCCCCCAGCCUAGCCCGGCCAUCUGUGACAGGUGGGGUGGCCCCCAGCCUACCCCAGGCAUCUAUGACUGGUGUGGUGGCCCCUAGUUUAGCCCGGCUAUCUGUGACCAGUGGGGUGGCCCCCAACCUAGCACGGGCAUCUAUGACCAGUGGGGUGGCCUCCAACCUGGCCCAGGCAUCUGUGACCGGUGGGGUGGCCCCUAGCCUAGCCCGGCUAUCUGUGACCAGUGGGGUGGCCCCCAGCCUAGCCCAGCCACCUGUGACCAGUGUGGUGGCCCCCAGCCUAGAUCAGGCAUCUAUGACCAGUGGGGUGGUCCCCAGCCUAGCACGGGUGUCUGUGACCAGUGGAGUUGCCCCCAGCCUAGCCUGGCCAUCUGUAACAGGUGGGGUGGUCCCCAGCCUAGCCCAGGCAUCUAUGACUGGUGGGGUGGCCCCAAGUCUAGCCCAGGCAUCUAUGACCGGUGGGGUGUCCCCCAGCCUAGCCCAGCCAUCUGUGACUGGUGGGGUGUCCCCCAGCCUAGCCCAGGCAUCUAUGACCGGUGGGGUGGCCCCCAGCCGAGCCCAGACAUCUAUGACCAGUGGGGUGGUUCCCAGCCUAGUCCGGCCAUCAGUGACCGGUGGGGUGUCCCCCAGCCUAGCCCAGGCAUCUGUGACCAGUGGGGUGUCCCCCAGCCUAGCCCAGGCAUCUGUGACCGGUGGGGUGUCCCCCAGCCUAGCCCAGGCAUCUGUGACCGGUGGGGGGUCCCCCAGCCUAGCCCAGGCAUCUAUGACCGGUAGGGUGGCCCCUAGCCGAGCCCAGACAUCUAUGACCGGUGGGGUGGUUCCCAGCCUAGCCCGGCCAUCAGUGACCAGUGUGGUGUCCCCCAGCCUAGCCCAAGCAUCUGUGACCGGUGGGGUGUCCCCCAGCCUAGCCCAGGCAUCUAUGACCGGUGGGGUGUCCCCCAGCCUAGCCCAGGUGUCUGUGACCGGUGGGGUGUCCCCCAGCCUAGCCCAGACAUCUAUGACCAGUGGGGUGUCCCCCAGCCUAGCCCAGGUGUCUGUGACCGGUGGGGUGUCCCCCAGCCUAGCCAAGGCAUCUAUGACCGGUGGGGUGUCCCCCAGCCUAGCCCAGGCAUCUAUGACCAGUGGGGUGGCCCCCAGCCUAGCCCAGGCAUCUAUGACCAGUGGGGUGUCCCCCAGCCUAGCCCAGGUGUCUGUGACCGGUGGGGUGGCCCCCAGCCUAGCCCAGGCAUCUAUGACCAGUGGGGUGUCCCCCAGCCUAGCCCAGGUGUCUGUGACCGGUGGGGUGGUUCCCAGCCUAGCCCGGCCAUCAGUGACCAGUGUGGUGUCCCCCAACCUAGCCCAGGCAUCUAUGACCGGUGUGGUGUCCCCCAACCUAGCCCAGGCAUCUAUGACCGGUGGGGUGUCCCCCAGCCUAGCCCAGGCAUCUGUGAUCGGUAGGGUGUCCCCCAGCCUAGCCCAGACACCUAUGACCGGUAGGGUGUCCCCCAGCCUAGUCCAGGCAUCUAUGACCGGUGGGGUGGCCCCCAGCCUAGCCCAGGCGUCUAUGACCGGUGGGGUGGCCCCCAGCCUAGCCCAGGCAUCUAUGACCGGUGGGGUGGCCCCCAGCCUGGCUCGGACAUCUGUGACCAUUGGGGUGGCCCCCAGCCUAGCCCAGGCAUCUAUGACUGGUGGGGUGGCCCCCAGCUUAGCCCAGGCAUCUAUGACCGGUGGAGUGGCUCCCAGCUUGGCUCAGACAUCUGUGACCGGUGGGGUGGCCCCCAGCCUAGCCCAGGCAUCUGUGACUGGUGGGGUGGUUCCCAGCCUAGCCCGGUCAUCGGUGACCAGUAGGGUGUCCCCCAGCCUAGCCCAGGCAUCUAUGACCCAUGGGGUAGUCCCCAGCCUAGUCCAGGCAUCUAUGACCGGUGGGCUGGCCCCUCGCUUAGCCCGGCCAUCAGUGACCAGUGUGGUGUCCCCCAGCCUAGCCCAGGCGUCUAUGACCGGUGGGGUGUCCCCCAGCCUAACCCAGGCAUCUGUGACCGGUAGGGUGUCCCCCAGCCUACCCCAGGCAUCUGUGACCGGUGGGGUGGCCCCCAGACUUGCCCAGCCAUCCGUGUCCAGUGGGGUAAUGCCCAGCCUAGCUAAGCCAUGUGUGGCCGAUGCGAUGACCCCCAGCUUAACCAAGCCAUCUAUGACUGAUGGGGAGGGUCCCACUAUAGCGCAGCCAUCAGUGACUGGUGGGGUGACCCCCAGCCUAGCCCAAGCACCAGUGGCCUGUGUAGUGGCCCCCAGCCUACACCAGCCAUCAGUGACCAGUGGAGAGGCUCCCAGCCUAGGCCAGUCAUCAGUGGCCUGUGUGGUGGCUCCCAGUCUAGCCCCACCAUCAGGGCCUUGUGUGGUGGUCUCCAGCCUAGGCCCGCCACCUAUGACCGGUGGGGUGGCCCCCAGCCUAGCCCAGUCCUUUGUGGCCAAUCGGGGGCCCCUCAGCCUCUUCCAGCCAUCGGUAAUUGCUGGUACCAAUUGUGCAGCUGGUCAAUCAGGUUGGGCCCCUAAGGUGGGUUCAAAUCUACCCUCAAGGGUGAGUGCAGUGGCCCCCAGUCUGGGUCAUCCGUCAUUGGUCACUGAAGUCCCUUUGAGUUCAUCAUAUUCUUAUGCCGCUAGCAGCACGAGCCGAGACCUGAGCCAGUCACCUGUGGCCACCAGCAUGGCCCCCUGUCAGGAUCCCGUAAUGGUUGAUGGGGUAGCCCCGAACCCCCAGGCCCAUGAGUUCAGCCAGGUGUCGCUAACGUUUCAUCAGCCACUCGGAGUCAGCAGGGGGCACCCAAGCAUCACUGAACAUUCUGCUCUCCCUCUCUCAGCCCCAAAUCUCUUCCAGGCAUCUGGGGCUAGUGGUGAGGACUCUUGUCUAGACCAGGGAACCAAUCCAUGUCCUGGGUCUCUGUUCCCGGGUGUGCCUACAGGCAUCGGUCUGGGCACUAUGGCUGCUGGCAUGUUCCCAAAUAUGUCUCGAGGGACCCUGGCUGCUGGUAUGUUCCUGAGUAUGUCUCCAGGGUCUCUGUCUCCGGGCAUGACAGGGAGUGUGUGCCAGAGAAGUGUGGCGACUGGUAUGGGCCCAAACCAGUUUCAGGAGGCCCGUGGCGUGGAUCCCCGUGCAUCUCUGGCCUCUGGGGCAGGUGCCCCUUUGAUUCAUGAGCAAGCCUCAGAGGUGGGCCCUGGUUUCUCUCGGGCUUCAGUGCCCAACAGACUGGGUACGAGUCCAAUCAAGUUUUCUCAGGCCGACGCAGGCCCUAGCAUGUCUCAGGUCAAUGUUGAUCUUCCAAUAUCUUUGAACCAGCAGCAUCCUUCUGUGGCCACAAUCGUGGCACCCGGUUAUGAACAAGCAAAAGAUUUCAAUCAGGAGCCCGUAGUGGACACAGCUAGUGGCCUGGUACCAGGUUCUGUACCCAGUAGGAUGACCACAGCCAUGGCCCCAGGUACCGUGGCCAGUGGUACGGCCCCCAGCCUUGCCCCAGGGUCUGUGAUCCGGGGCAUGGGCCAGAGCCUGCCUCCGGGGUCUGUGAUCAGUGGUGUGCCUCCCCACCUUCCGCCCGGUUUUGUGGUCAGUGGUGUGCCUCAGAACCUUCCCGAAGGGUCUGUGAUCUAUGGUAUCAGCCACAGCCUUCCCCCAGGAUCUGUGAUCAGCGGCAUGGGCCAGGGUCUUCCUCCAGAUCCCGUGGCCAGUGCUGUGGCCCAGAACUUUCCUCCAGGUUCUGUGGCUAGUGGGAUGCCCCCUAGUCUGAUUGCAACAUCUGGGGCUGGAGGGAAGGGACAAAGCUUUGUAAGACCCUCAUUUAGUUUGACUGUUCCAAACCUGAUCUCGGGUUCAGCGGCGGGUGGCAUGGUCCCGGGUGUAUCUGCCAGGCCUGUGACCUCUAGUGUGGUUCCAGCCAUAGAUUCUGGGGAACUGAAUCAGGGCCUGAUUCUGGAGUCCACGGAUAAUGUAGCUGGCCUGCCAUCCACAGUGGGAAAUGUGGCCCAGAGCCUUCCCCAGGGGUCCAUGUUGAUCGGGAUCACUCCCCGUCCUUACCAUGGAGCCCCGGCUAGGGAAGGGUCUACAGCCCCCUUCCAAGGAUCCCAUGUCACUGGCCUGGCUCAGCUGCAUCCCCAGGCCUUGGAAGCUAGCAGCACAACCAGGAGAGUACACCGGGCGCCCACGGUUCUACAAAGGGCCACCCAGUUGAGCCACGCUCUUGAGAUGAUGUCAUUUGAGACCACAGAUGACCAGGUCAUAAGGAAGCCAGACGACCUGAGCCAGGCUGUGUCCCGGGCGUCCGUAUCCAGCGCGGAGUCCAUGGUCCUUGAUGCAACUCCAUGGAUGCCCCAGAAUCCCCCGUCAGCUGACGUCAGCCACAGCCACAGCCACAGCCAGCAAUUCUUUCCCGAUGUCCAAAGGCCAUUGUUGGAGAUGGUUCCCAGCCAGACCAAGUCUCUGACCAGUGGCAUGGCUCCUGUCCCGCCCCAGUCCCUGAGUUUUGCCAAGCCCUCGAUGGCUGGGAACAUCACCCCAACUCUGCUGCCGAGGUCAGCAACAAGCUGGGGGGCUCCCAGUUCCCACUUUGUGACUGCUAGCACAGCUUCCAGUGUGCACAUAGAGUCUGUCAAGGCUGUUGGGGCCCCCUUGGCUCGACGGGCAUCGGUGGCUCACAUUGUGCCCCAGAGUCCCUCGGUGACUCACGUGGUGCCUCAGGGCCAUCCCCACAAGAUGGGGGCUUCUCCUGUAGCCUCAGCAUCCCCCAAGCUGGCCCAAAGCCGUUCUAGGACCUUCAGUGUUCACCCAGGGUCUGUAGUGGGGGUAGGGACCCCAACCACUUCCCAGAAGUCCGGGACCACCUACAAGGCCUCUCAGGUGCUGUAUCCACCCACGGCUGGUGGGGUGGGAUCUGAUGGCUUCCAGGUAGACGUGGUCCCCAGGGCCCACAAGAAGCCAGCACCUGAGGACCUGGCUCAGAGCAGCCACAAAUCUCUUGGCUCCAGAAAAUCCUAUAGGUCCGUGCAUGAUUAUCUUGUCUCAGACAUGCUAGACAGUAAUGUUGCCAGGGUGGUGCCCCUGUACGACGUGCAGGAGCAGGUCCCCAGGUCCUCUCAGGAGAGUCCCGGGCACGCUGAGAGCACCCCACCAGCCGUUACACCCAUCAUCCGCACCAUGGAUAUGGCCCCCAAUGUGGCUGCCCCUAGGCUGCACCAGGGGUUUCGGAGGGUGUCUCUGGGCUAUGAGUCUUCACCUGACGGUUCCCGGAGGCCCCUUUUUACCCCGGAGUCAACGCCAGGCUCCUGGGAUUUCCAGAGCGCUGUGGUUCCCUCAGGCUGUCGGAGGGUGUCCCUGACUCCCACUGUACUCCAGGGCCCUGUGGACGCUGGCAUAGCUGGUGGCCAAGCGUGGAACUCUGCCGCCAUCCCCAGUGGAGCGGCCGGGCCCACGACCAGCGCCAUGGCCCCUGGCGGUGCGUGGGAUCUGGCCAGGGCUUCGGAGCCCUGGGACACCGUGGGCAGAGAGACAGCAGUGGACUCCAAACAGUCGGGGGAACAGGUGGCGUCGCUGCAGGCUGUGGAGAAGGUCGUCACCCGUGCCGUGGUCACCAUCCAGGCGUGCGCCCGCGGCUACCUCGUGCGCCGAACCAUCAGGGUGUGGCACCAGUGGGCUGUCAUCAUCCAGGCCGCCUGGCGCGGCUACCGUGUGCGGCGGGACUUGGCCCGGCUCUCUCAAGCGGCCACCACCAUCCAGGCCACAUGGCGAGGCUUCCGCGCCCGCCGGAUAGAGACCCAGCUGCAGUUGCUCCCCGGUGGAUGGACCAAGGCGGACGACAGGACCAAGUCCACAUCAGACCACCGCUGUUUCCAGUCCUGCCAGCCGCGCGUCUGUCCCUUCUGCCAGUCCCUGAGCCCCAGCCUGGGGAGCCCGCCCAGCGUGGUGAUGCUCGUGGGCUCCAGCCCCCGCACCUGCCACAUGUGCGGCCACACCCUGCCCACUCGGGUGGUGCACGGCAUGGGUCGGGGCUCCAGGGUCCAGGCCAGCAUGCCAGGGGGCUGCGACUCCCCAAUGGCCUCCCAGAGCUCCCAACAGUCCCAUCUCCAGAAUAAGGCAGCCACGACCAUCCAGUCAGCCUGGAGGGGCUUUGCCGUGCGCCGCCAGCUGAGGCAGCAGCAGAUGGCCGCGAAGAUGCUUCAGGCCAACUGGCGCGGCCACCACACCCGGGUCGGUCUCACUCCAGAUGCACUUUUGGGAGCAGCAGCGUGGGACAACCCAGAGGACAUGCAGUGGCCGGGCGUCUAGGACAUUGGCUGGCUGGUGGGCGGCAGGGGGACGCCCAGGGAGGGGCAGUGUGGCUCUCUGGGUCUAACGAAUAAAACCCUCCACAGCCUGGA